AUGGUUUGCCGUGCCGUAGCAACGACAAUUGAGCUCAUCCACCUUGGGGAAUUCCAACGUGAAGUACUUGAAGUUGAGCGUAAGAUUCUCAGGGAAGAUACGGAAGCUGUCGGUGCAUACGGCAUUGUAUCGCUGACCGCCAUCAUGGCCGAGUUCACGCCGUGGAGGAGGAUACUGGAAUGGCUUUUGGAUGUCAUGCAGUUCAUACUAGGAGGCGUUGGUGGGCAAGUAUGUAACUCGGCACAGCUCAUCAAUCGGCUCCGAAAAGAGCUCCAGAGCGGUUAUAGCAAUAUCGAGGACGCAGCGCGCAGCCUAGUAAAAAGUGCAGAGACGGCCUGGCUCAAACAGGCUUCUGCAUGGAUUCUCUAUGGCCGCCUACCAAGUUUGGGCCAAGAUGGGUUCUUUGUCAAGGCGGUCAAGGACCAAAAUGGGGUACCUGAAUACGUUUUAGAACCUUCCCAACUUCCGAGGGAAUUCGCCAUGUCUCUGAUCCACGAGGCUGAUGAGAAAAGUCGGGGUCGGUGGCGGCGGGCCGAUAAUCUUGCCCAUGAGAAGAGAGAUGGAAUUUCCAAUGUUGUCGUAAAGCAAGGUGAAGUUACGAGAGUACUCGCACAAUCUUGGGCCGCCAUGGGCUCGAUGCAGGGCCUGCAUACGGAUGAAGAUGAAGGCGUGGAGAUUGCGCGAGACCUUCUGCGGCUCCAGGUUAAGAAAUCCAAUCCGACGACAUCUUUGCCCGUUAGCACUGGGGUUGGUCAGGCCCCUGCCAUGGCCUUACCUGCAGCUGUGGACUAUAGUGACCAGAACGAGGAGACCGACAUCUGGACUGAAACGUCAAAAUCAAACUAUGUAGCUCGUUCACCACCCCAGCAGCACGAUCCCGAGUCACUUGCCACAGCGCACCGCACGUACCUCCGUUCCCUCUGCCGACAUCUCCUCCUCACCCAAUCCUCCUACACCGAACCUCUCUACAAACUUCUCGUCCAUAUCGAUCAGCUUGUAGCCCUCAUGCGACGCCUCCACUCGAUAUGGGAGGCGAUGGACCUAGAGACAGAUGCUGGUGUGGUUGACGCUUUUGCUAAUCUUGAACGCGACGAACGUGCCAUUAUACCCGCACUCAAAACGAUUGAAGGAAGCGUUCGGGUGUCCAUAACUACCGUAAUCGCAGCCUUGCGAAUAUUGGAGAUGGAUACGAUCUUCGCCGCUGAGCUUGAAGAAGACACUGCCCAUAGUGUCGGCUCCCGGUUUAAGGUUCCACCGAGCUCGGAUACAGUCAUCAGCGAGGCCAACAAGGCCAGUGGCUACAAAAGCCCUGAGAUAGGGUCAGGCGGCAUCCAGCCUCCUUUUAUCGAAUUCGUUGGGGAUGACUUAGACUUUUGCUCUGGCUCGUGGCAAGGUCUGAGGAUCUCGCUGCGCAUGGAAAGACUUGAGUCCGGACGCUUACCACCGGGGCUCGCUUUGAAGUGGAACAGGGAGCUACUUGAACUUAGGAAGACGUGGAAUUCUGUGAUGGUCAUCGUUGCUGUCCUGCGACUCGCCAUCAUCAGAGUCUAG